AUAGCAGACCGAUCGACGUUUGUAAACAUGGCUGGGAACAUCGCAAAUUCAGCAUCGCCUGUCUUAUCUAAGAUAAUCAGUGCUGGUCCUUCGUUUACAUCCUUUGGAUUUCAACAAGUGCGAAAUAAAUGGACAAAAUUUAAAACUAUGCGAGAUAUGAAGAGAAGGCAGUUGACCAAAGAAUCUGCUCCGGACAGGCUACGACUUCUUGGUUUGAAGAGAAACAAUAUUCUUCCACUCGAAAUAAGAGAUUUAGCUAGCCAAACUUUUGUAGAAACAAUACCAAAGUGCUCUUCAAAGAUCGGAGUCACACGUCGCUGUGUUGUCACUUCAAGAGGAUAUGGUACGGUUUAUAGGUGGAGAAUAUCCAGAUUUGUUUUUCGUCAUUUAGCUGAUCACAACCUAUUGUCAGGUGUGCAAAGAGCCAUGUGGUGAAAACUUAGUAUUUUAAGAAAAAUUUUUAGAAAGAAUCGAUGAAUUUGGUAAAUAUUUUGUUGAUGAAAUGAGUCAUAAAAUAAAUUCUCUUCUACGUUAAGAAUAUUGCAUUUUUCUGCUUUUGUUAAACAUAAU